UUUUAAAUAAAGUUGUAGUGAAAUGACCUUCCGUUCUCAUCAUCCGGGUCUCUACAUACAUCACUACGCGCAGGCGCAUUCUUCCACUGUGGUUCGACCUCUGCAGUCGAGAGACCCGGGCUUCCGCCAGAUUUCACCGAACUGGUUAAAACAACCUAUAAUACAAAAUGUACGCCUGUGCAAAGUCCGUGCUGGUUCCCGGGCUCUUUACAGACCCCUGUCUGCCUCUGUGCUGUCGAGGCCUGAAGGCCAAACAGAGAGCACUUUUGCUGUGAUGCCACAGAGCCCGCUCACGCAGGUCACACUGAGAGGUUUCCAGACCAGUGCUAUCAGCAGGGACAUUGACACUGCCGCCAAGUUCAUUGGUGCUGGAGCUGCCACAGUUGGAGUUGCAGGGUCUGGUGCUGGAAUUGGGACAGUGUUUGGUAGUCUCAUCAUUGGUUAUGCCAGGAACCCCUCCCUGAAGCAGCAGCUGUUCUCGUAUGCCAUCCUGGGAUUUGCCCUGUCUGAAGCUAUGGGACUGUUCUGUUUGAUGGUUGCUUUCCUUAUCCUGUUUGCUAUACACUCGCAUGUAAACAACCACAGCAACCGCCCCUCAUCGAGAUUCACAAAUGAAGACCACUUGGCUGUCCACAGGCACAAACAUGAGAUGACACUGAAGUUUGGUCCAGCAAGGAAUGAUAAUGUUAUCAUUGCUGACCAAACUCCCACACCAACCCGCUUUUUGAAGAACUGCGAAGAAGUUGGACUCUUCAACGAGCUCGCAAGUCCUUUUGACCAUGACUUCAAAAAGGCAGCAGAGGAUGACAUUAAAAAGUUACCGUUGGAUUUGUCGCCUCUUGCUACACCUAUCAUACGCAACAAAGCUGAGGAACCCGCAGCUAUAGACGCACAUCGGGACAGCCCCCUGCCGCACCCUGAGUCCACUACAAAUGAUGACAAGGAUUUAUGUUUGCAGCCAGCCUCACUGCCAACAUCCACUAUAGUCCAUCCUGCAUCCCUCCAAGUUCCCAAUGUACUUCUAGCAACCACAGAGGCUAAUGUUGUAAUACAGCAAGCACUCCCAUCGCCAACAUCUAGCUCUGUUAUUACCCAAGUACCAUCCACUAAUAGGCCUAUAGUCCCGGUGUCUGGCACCUUCCCCGUGCUCUUACAGCUGCCUAAUGGCCAGACCAUGCCAGUUGCUAUACCUGCGUCUAUUACAAGCUCAAGUGUGCAUAUUCCAACAACAAUCCCUCUUGUCAGACCUGUCACCGUAGUGCCUGCCGUGCCUGGAAUCCCUGGACCGCCCUCUCCGCAGAUUCAGCCCGUCCAAUCAGAAGCAAAGCCGACGCUGAAAGCCACUUUAAGCCAGCAGCUUCCUCAGGUAACCAACGGAGACGGUGGGGAAAUCCAAAGCAGCGCCGUGACCCACACUGCUGCUCCCGCUUCUCCAGCCCCAGCUCCAGCUCCUGCUGCCAUCCUCAGUCCAGCCCCUCAUCUGCCCGCGGCUGAAGAACCGUCCACACAUUCCCUCCAGCAGCCGGCCACCUCCACCACAGAGACACCUGCUUCACCUCUACCACCCACACCGAACCCUCCAAGCACAGGGGGCCGGCGCCGCAGAACCACAAGUGAAGACCCCGAUGAGAAGCGCCGCAAGUUCCUGGAGCGGAACAGGGCCGCCGCCUCUCGCUGCAGGCAGAAGAGAAAGGUGUGGGUCCAGUCUCUGGAGAAAAAGUCUGAGGACCUCAGCUCCAUGAAUGGACAACUACAGAAUGAAGUCACCCUGCUGAGAAACGAAGUGGCUCAGCUGAAGCAGCUUCUCCUGGCUCAUAAAGAUUGCCCUGUAACCGCCAUGCAGAAGAAAUCUGGCUAUCACAUCUCCGACAAAGACGAGAGCUGCGAGGAGAUGUCCAUCCCCAGCAGCCCCCAGAACGAGGCCAUCCAGCACUGCUCCAUCAGCACCUCCAACGGGGUCAGCUCCUCCUCCACGACGCCGGCCGUCUCCGCCCCGUCCAGUGCUGCCUCCGCCACCGCGUCGUCCAACCACAGCACAGAGGAGAGUCAGCCACAGAGCGGCGCCAGCCAUUCUCAGCCCUCAGGCAGCUGAUCGGCCCAAACCGUGCCCCCACAGCCAGAGGGAAAGCGGUGCCUCUCUCUCAGCUUCAGUUCCGACUGCACAGUUUUCCAUUUACUCCUCGUUUGAUUCGUUUUGGGUUUCCAUUUUGUACUUCGUAGGCAAUGCUUUUAAAGAUGCAAUGUUUUCUCCGAAACUUAUGAAGACAAAAGAACAGGCACUUUAGGUGUAAGAUGUACGACUCGUGGUUCUUAACCGUGUUUUUGUAUCCGUGCGACUUAUUUAUUAAUCUUCUAUAUUUUUUUAUUUGAAACAAUCUGCAGAAGCGGUUGAUCUGGGAUUUGUUCGCGACCUUACCAAAGUGUGUUGUGGUUCAUUUGUAGAAAUGUGCGCAUUUGUUUUCACAACUUUUUCCCAGCACUAUUGUCAUGAUGGAGUUACUUUUAAGAUUGAACACUGACGUUUCUGUCUUUGUGAUUUGCUUUUUCCAUUUUGCACAUGUUUGAGACGGGUUUAGUUUUAAAGGGUUCGUCGAACACCGGCAGCUUUUUCAAAGUAGAUUUGAGUACAGUCUGCUGACACACACAGACGAGGCCGAAUCACGUUUGGAAUUAGACUUUUCUGUGAGUGAGAUCAGCUAUAGUUGCAUUGUGCAGUCUGAAUGUUUGAGCUCACCUCUACAUGUAAGAUAGCCUCAUGGAGGUGAGCGGUUUAGAUACGUGUGUGAUUUCAUUAACAUUCCAUAUGUAGUCUGAUUGUUUCUGAAGCAGUGAUUGUAGGAUUGCAGUAUCUUUUCCAUUACUCAGUCAUGGUGAUGUUGACUUCAUUCAGUGCCAUUAAUGUUUUUGUAUAAAUGACUUCUGUACAUUUUAGAGCAGAUUAGCCUGAGUUGUUGUUGUACUCUCAGAUUUUAAGGGUCCCAUGAAACAUUCUUGCUCUGUAGGGGACAUUUCUUGCUUUGUAUACUGUCUUUGCUUUAAAGGUAACUCUAUGGCUUUAGCGUCUAAUGUGGAACACUUGCAGACAUUAGGCUGUUUUCAUGAUUGCAAUUCUUGAUGAACUUUUUAGGAAACACUGUAAAUAUAAUUAAUGAUACAUUGUAUGUGAUCUUUAUUGAUAGUCUGUACUUUGCUUUUCUGGAAUUGUCUGGAUUCCGUAGCUGAACCCUUUGGUUCACAGUAACUCAGUUAGCAGUUAAAAAUGACUUUAGUCUCUCUCAAAGAUGCGCCUCUUCGUGACUCAAAAGGUUGUCAUGUAUGAUGAUAGCAUCCAGAUAUGAACUUGAAACAAAUCAUGAAUAUUAGAGAGACAGUACUGCUCCAGCUCUUUGAGAAUUUUGAGCAUUUCAUCAUUGAAGUAAUUGUAAGGAACAAGUCACACCUGAAGUCAGUCUGCCUUUUCUCCUAGUCUGUACUGGCUUACUACUGUGUAGUUUGACAAACAGCUAACACAUUGUUUUCUUAAAAUGUGAUUUUUAAAGUUUACUGUUAUGUGCUAUCUGCAUGAGAUAACAAUUCUCUGCGAGAAUUUAACUGUUUAUUUAAUAAUGUCUCGGCAAAGAAAAUGACAUCAAACAAGUUAUUACAACUUGAGUUGAGAAAGCUUUGGUGAUUUGUUUUACCCGGGCUAAACUACUAAAACGGGGUGUGAUACUGUGUUUAAAGUGUACCUGUAUCGUCGAAGUACUGUAUAAAAUUUGAAUUGAGAAGUUGUUGUAAUAAACCUUUUAAUAAUUCUUUAAA